AUGUCUCUUGAGUCCGGACCAUCUACUCCAUCUAAAAGGAGGUCAAAAUGGGAAGAGUAUGUCGAGGAAGAUCUUCCUCAUAUCUCCCACCUAAAGCGACGGAUCAAACACAAACCUUCUAAAGAGGUCGAGGAAUCUCAAGAAGUCGCGCAUCCUACCCCAAAUAAUCUCACUCCGACCUUCAAACCUCUGCACAGCAUAUUUGUACCUGCUCGAACUCGUCACCCUCCCAUACUUCCUUCUCGCUCUGUGUACUCGUAUGAACGGCUCAAUCAAAUCGAAGAAGGGUCUUACGGCGUUGUUUUCCGGGCAAGAGAUAAAAAGACUGGUGACAUCGUUGCUCUCAAGAAAUUGAAGCUUGACGAGGAAAAAAACGGGUUCCCUAUAACUGCUUUGCGUGAGAUAUAUGCGCUUAUGUCCUGUCGGCACGAUAAUGUAGUGGGUAUUCGAGAAGUCGUUGUCGGCGACACGUUGACGCAGGAUCUUAAAACAAGCAAUUUGCUCAUGAACAAUCGUGGAACCAUCAAGGUAGCUGACUUCGGCCUGGCAAGGCGCUAUGGUGAUCCAGUUGGUGUUGGUGGAAUGACACAGUUGGUGGUCACACUUUGGUACCGAGCACCUGAAAUCCUUUUAGGCGCGACGACAUAUUCUACAGCAAUUGACUUAUGGUCUGUUGGCUGUAUUUUUGCCGAACUUCUCCUUAAGGAACCAUUGUUUCAAGCACAAGGCGAACUUGAGUUGAUUUCCAUGAUUUUCAAACUUUUGGGUCCCCCGACAAAGCAAUCAUGGCCCGACUAUUCGUCACUUCCUCUGGCGAAGACCAUUUCGCUACCUUCCCCACAGCCGCAUCAAUUUCGCCAAAAAUUCCCAUAUCUUACCUCUGUUGGUCUUGAUUUAUUGAUGUCGUUAUUGACAUAUGACCCAGAGCAAAGGAUAUCCGCUGAAGAGGCCCUGCAACAUCCUUAUUUUAGUGAAUCUCCUCUGCCUAAACACCCAGACAUGUUUGGUUCCUUUCCAUCUGCUGCUGCAGGCGAGAAAAGGCGAAAACCAUACGAAAGCCCGACGGCUCCACGAGGUGCAAAUUAUGGAGUACUUGAUGAAAUGCAAUAA